GCCUUCGUGUGGAUCCUUGUCUUGGCAGGGGGCAUCCCGUGAUGGUCUGACAACGUUCAUGAAACUGUGGACAUCGCAACGUUGGGGCAGGGGUGGCGACAUUGUGCCAGGUAGAGACAGUUAUUGGUGAACGUUGUCAUCAACAACAGUCAGUAAUCAUGAGAGAGAUUGUCCAUCUUCAAGUUGGCAAGUGCGGCAACAACUUAGGUGCCCAGUUCUGGGAGACAGUAAGUGACGAGCAUGGAAUUGACCCAACAGGAACAUUCCGAGGAGAGUCAGAUCUCCAGUUGGAACGUAUCAACGUCUACUAUAAUGAGGCCACUGGUCAUUUCACCGAUGGUGCUGAACUUGCUGAUAGUGUACUGGACAUUGCUCGAAAAGAGGCUGAAGGUUGUGACUGUCUGCAGGGAUUUCAGAUAGCCCACGCGUUGGGCGGUGGCUGCGGCUCUGGCCUGGGCUGUCUGCUCAUGCUUCGGCUCAAGGAGGAGUUCGCUGACCGGAUGUUCUGCUCUUUCGCUGUGCUGCCUUCACCCAAAGUCUCUGACGUGGUUGUAGAACCCUACAACGCUAUCCUGUCUCUGAACGUACUCAUCGAGGCUGCCGACCACGUCUACAUGCUGGACAACGAGGCGCUCUAUGACAUCUGCUACAGGACCCUCAAACUCUCUGCGCCGUCUUUCGGCGACCUCAACCAUCUAGUUUCCUGCGUUAUGUCCGGUGUGACAACCAGUUUUCGAUUCCCAGGCCAGUUGAACGGUGACUUACGCAAACUGGCCGUGAACAUGGUGCCUUUUCCACGUCUUCACUUCUUCAUGCCUGGAUUCGUGCCGCUCACAUCUCGCGGCAGCCAGCCCUACCGGGCACUGACUGUCCCAGAACUGACCAGCCAGAUGUGGGACGCCAAAAACAUGAUGUGUGCCGUUGACCCUAGGCAUGGGCGCUUCCUCACAGCCGCCGCGGUCUUCAGGGGCAGAUUAUCUACAAAGGAAGUUGAAGAACAAAUGCUAAAUGUCCAGACCAAAAACAGCCCUUACUUCGUAGAGUGGAUUCCCAACAACGUGAAGUCCAUCAUGUGCGAUAUACCACCUCGGGGACUUCGAAUGGCAGCAACUUUCAUCGGGAAUACUACUGCCCUGCAAGAUCUCUUUAGGCGCAUUGGAGAUCAGUUCGUGGCUCUGUUGCAAAGAAAGGCGUUCUUACACUGGUACACCGGAGAAGGCAUGGAUGUGUCCGAAUUCUCAGACGCCGAAACCAACAUGCGAGACUUGAUAGCCGAGUACCAGCAAUACCAAGAUAUCCCGACAGCUGAAGGCAUGGACUACCUGGGGGAUGCCUUGGAACUGGCUAAGGGCUCUGGCUAUUGACCAACUACUUAUUUACUUACGUACUUACGUACUUACGUACUUACGUACUUACUUACUUACUUACUUACUUACUUACUUACUUACUUACUUACUUACUUACUUACUUACUCAUCCCUUAGUCGUCUAGAUGACCUUUGGGGCACCAAGGAUGAUCGGGCAACUACUUUUCUCCAUCCGUCUGUAUUUUCGGCCUUUCGAAGGCUUUCACUCAACUUAAAACCUGUCCAUUCCGUUAUUUUUGUCUCCCCAUCUCUUUUUCAGUCUGCCUUUCCUUCUCCCUCCCUGUACAGUGUCCUGAAGGACCAACUAACUUGUGAUCAAAUUGAGGAAAAGCAAUAAAAGGUGCUGGAAUGAGGAGUUUGGUUUCUAGGUUAAGGUCUUAACCCCUACACUGCCAGGCGUGCUCUUUGGUCCUAAGAAAUAGCGAAAGAGUGGCGGGCUUGAUAAUGAAGAGGUUAAGAUUGUAAAUAGGGCACGGGUUACAGUUUCAGUGCGAAGAGUAUAUUAGAGGAAGAAGAAAAGGGAUUAAAUUUUGUGUCGAUCCUGACUGAUUGUGGUCAAGAUU